AUGAGUAGUCAACAUGAAAUGGAUGGCGGUGUUGAUGCACCACAGUUCGGCUGGUAUAAACCCCGUUUUCUCCCGAAGCGUGAUCCACCCGCGAGUUCAUUCCCGCCACUCUCCAAAGUUGUUGUGAGUGAUGAGUUGGACGGCAACAUCAGUGAUGAGUUGGCAUUGCAGCGUCGGGUGGAGUUGGGAGUUGCAUGGGAGCGAAUGCGGUCCAUUGAGGAUAUAUGGAACGGUCCACCCAUGAGUGAUAAAGUGCCACCCGCAAAAGACUACGAACGACUUUUGAUGAUGUCGGAUUCUAAUCUGGAGGAACAACAGUAG